ACAAGGCUCAAAUAAAAUACGUUAUCAAUUGGACCACCUCCGGUGCCCGGCCGAUAACCGGAAAAAAAACACAAAAAUGAAACCCGCCACUCUUCAAUGCUCAAGUCUUAAACCACGCAUAAACCCAAUUCGCCGGCGAUUUAAUCAGAAUUUAACAAAAUUUGCGCCGGAAUAUUCCAUUCGGCGGCUCAGUGUAUCUGCGACGGCCAGUGGCCGUCAGGCGAAACGGCGGGAUGUGAUCAUUACUCCAUUCAUUGCUAUUGGAGCUUGUGUUCUACAGUCGGCAGUGGCCAAAGCUGAAGAUAAAUCACCGGCGGAGAUAGAGACGCAGACGCAUAAGGUGGUGAGUACUACGGCGGACGGGCAGCAACCGGCGGCGGUGGAGGAUGAGGUGAUAAAUUCGAGGAUAUAUGAUGCUACGGUGAUAGGGGAGCCAAUGGCUCUGGGGAAGGACAAUAAUAAGGUGUGGGAGAAGCUGAUAAAUGCUCGGAUUGUGUAUUUAGGGGAAGCGGAGCAGGUUCCCAUACGAGAUGACAAAGUGUUGGAGCUUGAUAUUGUCAAGAAUUUGAGAAAGAGAUGCCUAGAAGCUGACCGCCCGAUUUCUUUGGCUCUGGAAGCUUUUCCAUGCAACUUACAGGGACAGCUCAAUCAGUACAUGGAGAAAGGGAUUGAUGGAGAGACCUUAAAGUCUUUGGUAACAUAUUGGUCACCUCAGUGUUGGCAAGAGUACGAGCCUCUCCUAAAUUAUUGUCGUGAUAAUGGGGUUCGGCUGAUUGCAUGUGGAGUCCCGCUUGAGGUCCUUCGUACAGUUCAAGCUGAAGGCGUCCGUGGGCUUUCUAAAUCUGAUCGUAAAAAAUUUGCUCCUCCAGCUGGUUCAGGCUUCAUCUCAGGUUUCACUUCUAUCUCUCGGAGAUCAUCUAUUGACAUAACUUUUCCCAAUCAAUCUGCUCCUUUUGGGCCAAGCUCAUAUCUUUCCAUACAAGCAAGAGUUGUUGAGGAUUACACAAUGUCCCAGACUAUUUUACAAGCUGUGAAAAAUGGUGAAUCUAAUGGUAUGCUAGUAGUAGUGACGGGUGCUAGCCAUGUUAAAUAUGGAUCAAGAGGAACUGGGCUGCCGGCAAGGAUUUCAGGGAAAAUGCAGAAGAAAAAUCAAGUGGUUAUACUGCUUGACCCUGAACGACAAAAUAUACGGAGGGAGGGAGAAGUCCCAGUUGCUGAUUUUUUGUGGUAUUCUGCAGCUAGACCUUGCAAUAGAAAUUGCUUUGAUCGUGCUGAAAUAGCUCGAGUGAUGAAUGCAGCUGGCCGGAAGAGAGAAGCCUUACCACAGGACCUUCAAAAAGGUCUAGAUCUUGGUCUUGUAUCACCAGAAGUGCUGCAGAAUUUUUUUGAUCUGGAGAAAUAUCCUAUCAUCUCGGAGCUAACUCAUCGUUUUCAGGGUUUCAGAGAAAGAUUACUGGCAGAUCCUAAAUUUCUUCACAGGUUAGCUAUAGAAGAAGCUAUAUCAAUCACGACUACCCUUAUAGCGCAGUGUGAGAGGCGUAAAGAAAAUUUCUUUGAGGAGCUUGAUUACGUUACUACAGACACAUUAAGGGGAAUAGUGGUUGAUUUUUUCACUGUGUGGCUUCCCGCUCCCACUUUUUCGUUCCUACAAAUCGGUGAUGACAUUGAUGCACCUGAUAGUAUAGAAGCAUUAAAAGGUCUUUUGGGGUCUAUCCCAGACAACGCAUUUCAGAAGAGUCUUGCAGGGAAGGACUGGAAUUCGAAUCAGAGAAUUGCAUCAGUACUUUUUGGAGGUCUCAAGCUGGCCAGCGUUGGAUUUAUUUCUAGCAUUGGAGCAGUGGCUUCCUCAAAUAUAUUGUAUUCAGUGCGGAAGUUUCUAAAUACAUCCAUUGCUGGCAAGCAAUGGAACAAACGAUCACCAAUAUUAAAAACAGCACUUGUGUAUGGAUGCUUUCUUGGAACAUCAGCAAAUCUACGAUAUCAGGUUAUUGCAGGAUUAGUGGAGCAUCGGAUUUCAGAACAAUUCACAGAUCAGACAUUCCUUGUAAAUAUGAUAUCUUUUGUAGCUCGAACAAUCAACUCUUACUGGGGAACUCAGCAAUGGGUUGAUCUUGCACGGUAUACAGGACUUCAGGCACGUAAGAGUGAAGAAAUUCCCUUUUGCGAUCCAGAUUCUUCAAAUAAUGCUGCUUUAGAGUGCAACAUCUCAGAAGAUGCCAACACUGAUGAAGUGCACAGUCAGUAGAUGAUACAUUUCCCGUCACACUGUCUGUAUAGCUUCUGGCAUGACCGUUAAGGAACGGGUUCCAGUUUUUGUGCAUACUGUGUUCUUCAAAUUUUGGCUAGCUUACAUAUUACAAUGAUGGGAAACAGAAAACCAUACUACCGAACCAUUGUUGACAUAGCACACUCAAUUUAGUCUAUCAUUUUUGUGAACCUCAUAAUUCCUUUCUCAAUUUUGUAUUGCCCAAACUACAGAUCAAUCUACGUAUAUUUUUUUAAGAACCUCAUGAUUCCUAUCUCAAUUUUGCAUUGCCCAA